AUGCAGUGUGGCUGCCUGUCCCGGGCGCUGCCCGUCCUGCCUGGCUCCUCCUGGGUAUCAGGGCUGGCCUUCCCCGACUGGGCGUACAAAGCUGAGUCCAGCCCCGGCUCCCGGCAGAUCCAGUUAUGGCAUUUCAUCCUGGAACUGCUGCAGAAGGAGGAGUUUCGCCAUGUCAUCGCCUGGCAGCAGGGCGAGUACGGGGAGUUUGUCAUCAAGGAUCCCGACGAAGUGGCCCGGCUGUGGGGCAGAAGAAAAUGCAAACCCCAGAUGAACUACGACAAGCUGAGCCGGGCGCUCAGGUACUACUACAACAAGCGCAUCCUGCACAAGACCAAGGGCAAACGCUUCACCUACAAGUUCAACUUCAGCAAACUCAUCUUCCUCAACUGCCCGCUGUGGGAUGCCCGCUGCCCGUCCUCGCUGCCGGGCGCCGGCAGCCUUUGCCACCCCCCCGCUGUGCCCCCCGGUGUGUCCUCCCAGUUGGUGCCGAGCGUGCUGCUGAGCCGGCGGGUGCUGGUGGAGCCGCUGGCCUGGCACUGGGGUCCCCGGCACCCCGACAUGCUGGAGAAGAGGGCGGCCGCCGCCGGGACCCGCCUCGGCUCCGCGUCCCCCCCAUGCCUGGGGGGCUCCUGCUGCCAUCUGGGGGUCCCGGAGGAGCUUCCUCGCCUGGCUGCCUUCCCCCCGCCGCUGCCGGCCCUGGCCCCCCCGGUAUCCCCAUGA